AUGGAGGCCAGGUCAUUAACCGAACUUAACCGCAUGGCAAACAAUCCACCAAGAUAUUCCGAAGGAAUAGGCACGCCAGCUCCACUUGUUUUGUACAUCUCUCGUGUGCCGCAAAGUAGAGAUCUCAUUCUCACAACUCUCAAGCCUCAAGCGAGGAAUGUGACGGCAACCGAUGUCAAAAGCGCUCUCUAUUUAUUGCAUGUGGGGGUGUCUGAUUCCGAGCCCGUCCGAGAUGAGAAUGCUCACCGUUCUAGCGAGGACGGCAGCUUGUCGCGCAUCACAAUCCGUCGAAAACCUCUUCCCCAGUCAGCCCGUCCUCUAUCCCUUGAUAGCUUGUCCGGUGGGAGCCGAAGGCACCAGCCCUUCCUGCCCUCAGAUGCCGCCGUCUUCGAAAACACACAGGGCUCACGCAUUUCUGCUCCUUCAGAAGUCCCGGAACGAACGGCUUUAGGAUUGCACACAGGUAUACCGACGAGAAAGCCUCUUCAACCUCGACCUUUCCCCGGAACAACAACUGAGACGUCUACUUCUGCCCAAUCGAUGGUAAUGGAAGGCUAUUCCAGUCCGGAAAACCGUGCAGAAGAUGCGCCAAGGAGCCAUGUCAAACCAAUGACAGCGCCUCCGCGCGAUGAAAGUGUAGCUAUUCGCAAUGGCAACCAAGCCUACCCUUCUCGCCCACGGGCCGUCUCACAACCUCAUAGCAGACCCCUGUUCCCUCAAAGUACGGCUGUCACACUUAGGUUAAUCCGACAAGAUCCAAGCAGCCAGCUCACUUGGGACGUUGGAUAUAUUAGCCUGCAGCAGCUUACGUCGACUACGGGCUCAGUGCAGCAUCACCCAUUUGACAUUACGAUAGUAGCAUCUGGAUACUCUGCAUUUCGCUCCUCGCAAGCCGAGACCUUCAAUCGUCAGGCCGCCAUGGCAUACUCGGACAGUAUCGGAACGGUCGCAAAGAAGGCAUUUCGAGCCAUGAAGCAAUCUGUGAGCCGCGACCGAAGCAAUAGUGCGGCGUCGGCAGCCUCAAAUGAAGGCGGGGUUUUUGUGAUCCAAGACUCCAUUGUUACAUCCGGACCACGGCCAAAGGGCAUGGAUCCUCGCGGAUACACGUUUCUUAGCCCAUGGGGGGGACAAUGCGCCUUCGAAACAGGCGCAAGUGGCUCGAUCCUUACGUGUUUUCACACGCCCGCUCCGUCGCCGGGUGGCAUCCACAGCAAUUCCUCGGGCGAAACCCGCCACUCGAAACCCGAUGCUUCUCAGGUCAGCAGUCUGCAUUUCAACCUUCCGAUGUCCGCGGAACAUGCCAAGGCACCCAAGAGGGUAAUGGGACACUUCAGUAACAUGUUCAAGGGAGGUAGCGGUUCUAGUUCCGGGAGUGACGAUUGCAAAGAGCCGUCCUGCGCCAGCCUCGGGGCUGAACGCGCGGGUGGCGGCUUGCAUGGCAGGGAGGCAAAACUGGGUAAACUAGAAAUCACAGCUGAGGGCUUCAAAAUGCUCGAUCUGUUGGUGGCAGCCAACAUGGGGGCGUGGUGGACAACAUGGGAGAAGUACUGUCCGGUCGGCGCUUGA